AUGCCAGACAGCGAUGCAUCAAAAGCCACGGUGGCCGCACGCCCAGUGGUCAAGGACGCACAUGUCCUGUCGCCAGUCAAAGAGCAGGCGCUGAAGCAGACGCGGCGCAACCGCUUGCGCUGGCUGGCAUUCGAGCUAUUCAUACUGUUGGCCCUGAUAGCGCUCCUGGUCCUGCACAGUUUCCGGCUGACGAGUGCCCCCAACACCACGUACAAGGUGUGGUCGAAGAGCUGGGUGAUGAUCAUGCUGUCGAUGUUUUUUGUGGUUGUGGCCUUUUCGGUAUUUGUGACAGUAUACUACUACAAGGUGACGCUGGACUGGAUCCGCUCGCCCGAGACCACCGAUCAGGACGCGAUGGACCCGAGGCGAAGGCGCGAGAAGAACAAGAUCAAGUGGAGCGUGUUUAUGGCCAGUGCACAGAGAGAGCGGGAGGAGCGGGAGCUGAGGAGGGUCAGGCAGCUGCAGAGGCCGUGGAUUUCGAGCCGCGGCAGGGCGGCGGGCAGGCCGGCUAGGAGGACCAGUGAGAGUAGCCAGACGACGGAGGAGAGGGAGGUCGCUAGGCCGGCGCCUGCUUGGCGCAGGGACAGGCGCGUCCCGCGCCAUCCCCACCACCCGCCACGGAGGCACAGAGAGCUGCCCUAA